GUGGUGAAACCUAUGCCUGGGAAAGGAGAUGGAUCGGAAAUGAACAAACUCUCUCUAGAACCUCAAGCCGAAGGACAAAGCACAGCUUCUUCACCUACACAGAAAGGAAGACGUAGUCCUUCUCCUAGUAGCUCCUCUUCAUCAUCUUCUAGGACAGUUAAAUCUGAAUCACCAGGUGUUAGAAGAAAAAGGGUAUCUCCAGUGCCUUUUCAGAGUGGACGAAUAACACCACCUCGACGAGCCCCAUCUCCAGAUGGCUUUUCUCCAUACAGCCCUGAGGAAACAAAUCGUCGUGUCAACAAAGUGAUGCGAGCCAGGCUCUACUUGCUGCAACAGAUAGGACCCAACUCUUUCUUAAUUGGAGGAGACAGCCCUGAUAAUAAGUACAGAGUGUUUAUUGGGCCUCAGACUUGUAGCUGUGGCCGUGGGACGUUUUGUAUUCAUCUGCUGUUUGUUAUGCUGCGGGUGUUCCAGCUUGAACCCUCAGACCCAAUGCUCUGGAGAAAGACGCUGAAGAACUUUGAGGUUGAGAGUUUGUUCCAGAAAUAUCACAGUAGACGUAGCUCGAGGAUCAAAGCUCCAUCUCGUAACACCAUCCAGAAGUUUGUCUCACGCAUGUCAAAUUCUCAUACAUUGUCAUCAUCUAGUACUUCUACAUCUAGUUCAGAAAACAGUAUGAAGGAUGAAGAAGAACAGAUGUGCCCCAUUUGUCUGUUAGGCAUGCUGGAUGAAGAGAGCCUAACUGUGUGUGAAGAUGGCUGCAGGAACAAAUUACACCACCACUGCAUGUCAAUAUGGGCAGAAGAAUGCAGAAGAAACAGAGAGCCGCUUAUCUGUCCUCUUUGUAGAUCUAAAUGGAGAUCUCAUGAUUUCUAUAGGCAGCAAACUCAGCAGCAAUCUACAGCUGGAUCACAGAGAAGAACCCAAGAUAGCAAUUUUAACCUUACUCAUUAUGGGGUCCAGCAGAUCCCUUCUGCCUAUAAGGAUUUAGCUGAGCCGUGGAUUCAGGUUUUUGGAAUGGAGUUAGUUGGCUGCUUGUUUUCUCGAAACUGGAAUAUACGAGAGAUGGCACUUAGACGUCUUUCCCAUGAUGUUAGCGGUGCUCUAUUACUGGCUAAUGGUGAAAGCACUGGGAAUUCUGGAAGCAGCAGUGGAAACAACACAAGUGCUGGAGCUCUGGGAGCAGCUAGUGGGUCAUCUCAGACCAGUAUCUCAGGAGAUGUGGUGGUGGAAUCCUGCUGCAGUGUGCUGUCCAUGGUCUGUGCCGACCCUGUCUACAAAGUGUAUGUUGCUGCUUUAAAAACUUUAAGAGCCAUGCUGGUAUAUACUCCCUGUCAUACUUUGGCAGAGAGGACUAAACUACAGCGACUUCUCAAGCCAGUUGUAGAGACGAUAUUAGUUAAAUGUGCAGAUGCCAACAGUCGAACAAGUCAACUUUCUGUCUCAACUCUGUUGGAGAUGUGUAAAGGCCAAGCGGGCGAGCUGGCAGUUGGGAGAGAAAUCCUUAAAUCUGGGUCCAUUGGUAUUGGUGGUGUUGAUUACGUCUUAAAUUGUAUUCUUGGAACCCAAACUGAAUCUAGCAACUGGCAAGCACUACUGGGGAGACUUUGUCUAAUAGACAGACUUCUGUUGGAAUUUCCUGGUGAAUUUUAUCCCCACAUUGUCUGUGGAGAUGUUUUACAGGCUGAUACCGUAGUAGACAGGUAUAAGAAACUUCUCUCCCUCUUAACUUUCGCCUUGCAGUCUAUUGACAAUUCCCACUCAAUGGUUGGUAAGCUAUCACGGAGAGUAUUUUUGAGUGCAGCAAGAAUGGUGGCAAGAGUGCCCCAUGUUUUUGUAAAGCUGUUAGAGAUGUUGAGUGUGACGAGCUCAACGCAUUAUACAAGGAUGCGUCGACGUCUGAUGGCAAUAGCAGAUGAAAUGGAAAUUGCAGAAGCCAUCCAGCUAGGCAUGGAGGACAUUCACUCUGGGGAAUAUCGACAUGAAGACUUUUUGCAGCUGUUACCUGUACCAGAUAACUCCCCAGAAGCUACAGAAAAUAAUACUCCUAACAAUACUGUCCAGUUGUCAGGGAAAAGUGGGAAAGGUUUAAGUGAUAAAAAAGUGAGCGCCAGUCCAGAGGACAUUUCCGAGACGCUGGCUGGCCUUGCUGUGGGACUUCCUGUUUCAUCAGUAACCACAGAGCAACCAAAGCCAGCCAUUCAAACAAAAGGAAAACCCCACAGUCAAUGUUUGAACUCUUCUCCCUCAUCCAGUCAUUCCCCAUCACUAUUCCCAACUCUUGUGUCUCCUUCAAAUCCAUCUGUACCAGCUGGCACUGUAACAGAUGUCUCUAAGCUUAGACCUCAGGGAUUCGUUCCCUGCAAAAUUCCCUCACCUUCUCCUCAAACACAGCGGAAACUUUCUCUCCAGUUUCAGAGAAACUGUUCUGAAAAUAAAGAACCAGAGAAACUUUCUCCAGUUUUUACCCAAGCCAGACCAUUGCUAUCCAGCCACAUACACAGACCGAAGCCAUCGCGACCCACCCCAAGUGAUGUGAACAAGCAGAGAGAAACCUUAAAACACAGUAUGACGCUUGACCUGAAUGAUAUUUCACAGUGUGAUGGCAAUAGUAGUAGUAGCAGCAGUGCAGUUAUACCAAGUGAAGAGACAGUGUUCACACCCGUAGAUGAAAAAUGUCGCUUGGAUGUUAAUGCAGAGCUCAAUUCCAGUAUUGAGGACCUACUCGAGGCCUCCAUGCCCACGAGUGAUGGCACAGUUACAUUCAAGUCCGAAGUUGCAGUUCUUUCUCCUGAGAGGGCAGAAAAUGAUGAUACUUACAAAGAUGAUGUAAAUCAUAAUCAAAAAUGCAAGGAAAAGAUGGAAGCUGAAGAGGAGGAAGCUUUAGCUAUUGCUAUGGCAAUGUCAGCGUCUCAAGAUGCCCUGCCAAUAAUUCCCCAACUACAGGUCACACCAGAGACCCUGCCUGGACAUACCAAAGCAAAACACCAUUACAGAGAAGAUGCAGAAUGGCUUAAAGGUCAACAAAUUGGUCUUGGGGCAUUCUCUUCCUGUUACCAAGCUCAAGAUGUAGGAACGGGGACAUUAAUGGCUGUAAAACAGGUGACCUAUGUCAGGAACACGUCUUCUGAGCAAGAAGAGGUAGUUGAAGCACUGAGAGAAGAAAUAAGGAUGAUGAGUCACCUGAACCAUCCCAACAUUAUUCGAAUGUUGGGUGCCACAUGUGAGAAGAGCAACUAUAACCUCUUCAUUGAAUGGAUGGCAGGUGGUUCAGUUGCUCAUCUGUUAAGUAAAUACGGAGCGUUCAAAGAAUCGGUUAUUAUUAAUUACACAGAACAACUGUUACGUGGCCUUUCUUACCUCCAUGAGAAUCAGAUAAUCCACAGAGAUGUUAAAGGUGCCAAUUUGCUAAUUGACAGCACAGGUCAUAGAUUAAGAAUUGCUGAUUUUGGAGCUGCAGCCAGGUUGGCAUCAAAAGGAACAGGUGCUGGGGAGUUUCAGGGACAGUUGUUGGGAACUAUUGCGUUUAUGGCACCGGAGGUUCUGAGAGGUCAGCAAUACGGUAGGAGCUGCGAUGUGUGGAGCGUUGGCUGUGUUGUUAUAGAAAUGGCUUGUGCUAAACCUCCCUGGAAUGCAGAGAAACACUCCAAUCAUCUUGCUCUGAUAUUUAAGAUAGCAGCAGCCUCAUGGUCACCAACUCUGGUCCUCAUGGGGCACUUCAACAACCCCAAUACCUGUUGGAGGGAGAACAUGGCAGGGCAGAACGAAGUCAGGUUCCUGGAACGUGUUGAUGACAACUUCCUUCUCCAA